UUCAUACCCAAUUUUGUUUAGUGUAUUUAAAAAAAUCUAUUUUAAAAAACUUAAUUUCAAUUUUGUCACUGAACACAUUCAAAUCCAUCUUCAACCUUCUUCGAGUACAAAGCAUGCUAUCUCCAUUGAUCUGUGCAUGAUCCCUAUCUUCCUUUGCUUCACAGCAACACUGUGAUUGUUUCCAUUUCGGAGCGCAUCAAUGUCCGAUCAAGAUGCGGCGGCGACGGCAACCGAAGCAUCUGGUGUCGGAGAAGUGAAGGAAUGGCUCGCCAAAACCUUCGAACUCGCCGGCAAACCCGUCCCGGAAUUCGAGUACACUCCUCGCAGCGUCUCCCACCUCCACCAUCUCUUUACCCUCUCCAAAGCCAAAGACGAAGCCGCGCGCCUCGUCGCUCGCGAUUUCCGCACCAAAGCCUCCGAGUAUCGAUCCCAAGCUGCUAGGAUUAGAGAGAUUCUGGAGAAUGUGGGAUUGGCCCAAGAGAGCUUGCCGUCCAAUGUGGUUUCGUCGGCGCAAGUUCUUGCAAAUGUGGCUAACUUGUUGAAUAUUAGGGAUACUGAACUCAGCAGCUUUCUUGUGGCGAUGGGCGAUAUUUCGCUGAGGAAGACUGGUGUGGAGGAGAAAAGGGCUAAAGUGCAAAAGGAUUCUAAGCUUCUUCUUGAUUAUACUAGAAAGGCUAUUGCCAGGCUAACUUAUUUGAAAAGGACACUUGCCCAAUUGGAAGAUGAGGUACCGCCGUGUGAGGCGCAGAUGGAAAGUUGGAACACAAAUUUACAAGUGAUGGCUGCAAAAGAAAGGCAGUACAUGCAACAAUGUGCCAACUUCAAGGCGGUGCUCAAUCAUGCAGGUUAUACCCCAGAGGUUAGCCAUAGGGUUUUGGUCGAAAUGGCUGAGCAUAGAAAGGAUCUGGAGAAGAAAACUAUGCCCAUCCUUGAGACUCUAAGGAGCUACCAAGAUUUGCCUCCGGAUAAAGCUUUGGCGGUCUUAGCAAUUGAGGAUAAGAAAAGGCAGUAUGCUGCCGCUGAGAAGUAUCUUGAAGAUGUAUUGCAAUCAGCUCUUGCCAGUUCUGGGUGAUACAGUAUCAUACUUUUGAAGCUCUGGUUUUGUUUUUUGUUUUUAUAUUUGUUGUUUUGACUUUUUUCCCUUUUCUCUUUUCUCUUUUCUUGUAUUUUAUGCUUUAAGCUUCUGUUCUUUAAUCAGGCUGAAGAUGUAUACGAACUAGUAUGUUAAAGCUGGCUUUGCUAGCAGGUACAAGGAAAUCUUUUACUUUUAGUUUGGUGUACAAACAAUGGUAUAUAUUGGUACUUGAAUUAACGAAUGGAAUCAAAGACAAAUUGACAGAUUCUGACCAAUCA